AUGUCAAACACGAAUGAUUUAUUGGAAAAAAACGGUGUCUCAAAAGAAUCUCGAAUUGUUCGUGUUCGAGAUUUACCGAUCUACUAUAAUGCAAAAGAAGAUGAUAUUUAUCAGUAUGCACCCGAACAAAAUACAUGGUUAAAAACUCAAGUUAGUCAAAUUAGAAAAUCUGUACAACAAACAUGGAGUGAUAAUAAAGAAUUACGUGUUAGAAUUGCACGGAUGAUUGAAACGGGCGGUGCACAUGCAAAGUCCACGGCAGAUUACAUUCGUGAUGAUCACACAUUUUUGCCUAAAGUUGGUGUGGUUACAUUAGCAGGCCUAGGAGGAUUAUUACUAGGACACAGAGGUGGUCCAGUUCGUAAAACAUUUUAUUCAUCUGUCGCCGUAGCUGUUGCGUUGAGCGCAUGUUAUCCAAAACAGAGUGCAGCUAUACUUGAUCAAGCCUAUGUUCGAAUAAAAAAUGAAGCAAAUUUUGCUUAUGAAAAAGCAACUGGCAAAUCUGUGCCAACAGCACCAUCAACAGCAACAUUAAAUAAAAAAUUAUCUGAUGUUAAAGAUAAAAUAAUUCAUACAACAAAAUCAACAUCAACAACUUCAACUCCAGUAGUUCCUGAUUAUGGUCAAGGAAGUUUAGCUGAUCAACAUUUGUAUACAACACGUGGUGGUACAACAGAAUAUGAAAGAUCAAAAAAAUAA